AUGGCAGCAGCAGAGACCACAAAUCUAACAUCAGACGAGGUUCCUAGUUACAACGCCACCGCGUCAUCAAGAAACGAUGCUGCUUCUGAAGCAGCGGAUGCCAGCGAACCACACAGCUGGCCUUUCCCUCUGGAGCCUUUUCGCUUCGUUGGGGAUCUCGCCCCCUCGAAAUACAAGUAUGUGCCGACGUAUGUGAAGGUAAUCCACAGCGUGCCUCAUCUCGUACUCCUCAUCGGCACCGGUGCAGACGUGGCGUUGCUAGUUCGGAUAUUGAUGGAGUAUCGCAACUGGUACAACGUCACGCAUACCAACCUGGAGAUUUGUGUACUGAUUCUAUGUUUCUCAUAUGGCUUGUUUUGCUUGCAACAUUUUUUCAAGCACCUGGUCGAGUACAGCGCAGACCUGCAGACCAGAUCUAUCAGACUGCAAGCCAGCGCGCCUCGCGGCGCACGGGGCGCAGUGUGCGUGACUGUGUCGCGGCAGGCUUCGCUCGCAGAGCGCGGUUUGGAUUCUCACAGGCGCGACUUUCACACCUUCCUUCUCAAGGGCAUGGCUCGCAGACUGACCGGAUCCACGAUUGAAAUUUCGCCAGAGAGUUUCAUAUCCUUCAUUGUGCUGUGGAUCCGAUUCAUGAGCCGUACAUUCUAG